GGGCGGGCAGUCGGUCGGUCAGGAGGUGGGCGUCGUGUUAGCAGCGCAGCUAUCAUUUGUAUGAAGGUCGAUUCUCAGUUUAAAAAGUCAGGCGAUAAGGAUAUUGUGAAGGCAGGGGCGCGAUGAGCGAGCGGUCUCGGCCUGCGGCCCACCCGUCAUGGUUAAACUGGGUGCCGGCGGGAUGAGGUAAUCGAGCGCCGGGUUGGCGUCGCCCGAGGAUAGCCGGUGCCCAGGCUCCGCACCGCUACUCUUCCAGCCUUUCAUUCGGUCGCCUUCCGCCCGGAGUUUCGGGCCUUGUCUAUUGCCCGGGCCUCGCUUGUACCGCAGGAGUCGCUCCUGCUCCCGGCCCGAGGAUGUUCGGCAACAGCCGGCGUGCAGGCCGCCUGCCCUCGCUGCUGCUUCUCGGCCUCCUGGUGCUGGCAGCCGUCGUGGCCUUCAACUACUGGAUGGUGUCGACGCGGAACGGCAGGCUGCAGCUCGAAAUGGCCGAGCUCCAGGUGCAGGUGAAAAAGACAGAUACUGCUAAAAGUCGUCUAGAGAAGAGGAACUCUGAGCUCAUGGGCCAAGUGGAUACUCAUAGGAGACGGCUUGAUGAAAAGGAGGAUGAAUGUCAUAAUUUGGGUAAUCAGCUGCAAAGUAGAGAGACUUUGAUGAAAAAAUGCAUUGAGGAGAAGGUUAAAUUUCAAAAUAAUAUAACAGAUCAGCUGUCUUUCAUUCAUCGGUUACAAGAGCAACUCACUGAAUUACGACAAGAGUUCAUAAGGCAGGAUGAACAACUUCAGGAGUACAGGCGGAACUCCACAUCCUUGGAGAAGAAAUUGGAAUAUGAGAGCCUGCAAUGUGGACAGCAGAUCAGUGCACUUAAGGAGCAAUGUGAAGAGAAAAUCAAAACUUUAGAGCGAGUGCGUAACCAACCUCCAAAAUGGCAAGAAGAUCCCAAACAAAAUGAAGCCGGGGAGGAGAAGGAGGAAGCACAUGAUGCUCGGGAAUCUGACGUGGAUUACAACAAAGCCAAAGUAAAUCCUGAGAAUUUGCAACAGAUUGUUAAGAACAAUAAACCUGUCGUUAACCUUGAUGGAAGCAAACUGCAAUCUCAUCAGGACAACGAUAUGGAAUUAUUAAAUGUGGGCAAAGCAGAUGAUGAUGCUGGAAUGCCUGGGAUAGAAGAAAAUGAACAGGGAAAGUCCAUGGAUAUGUUGGUUGAUCACAAAGACAAGAUGAACUUUGAAAGGAUCGAGAAACCACCAGCUAACAGCAUGGAGAAUGACGUAAAGCCUGACCAUCGGGGUCCGGCUAUGCAGGCUCCACCCAAACUCGCUGUGCAGCAUGAUAAUCAAGCAGAGAAACAAGUCAAUGUAAACAUGCCAAAUCCUGGAGACCUUGACGACCAAGCCAACAUGGAAGUUGAUGAUGUUCAUGUCAGAGCAGAUGAAUUUGGAGAGUCUCAGAAUCAGCAGCAAGUCUUGGAUAAGCAGCAUCAAGGAAAAUUAAUGCAAUUAACGAAGGAGUCUGUCAUGCAGCUGCCAUCUAAUCAAGCUCCACACUUAAUUCCUGGCCAAGCAUUGUCAAAUCAUUUUCAUCGGCAGGGUGGGAAAGUCCAUGAGAAAGCAAAUGAGCUGAGAGAGCACGUUAAAGGUCAACGAGGCCAGUUCUUUGAUGAAAAUGAAUCCCCAGCUGAUCCGCAGCAUGACUCUAAAGUGGCGGAUUAUAAUGGGGAUGAUGGUAAUGUGGGUGAGUACGAGGCAGACAAGCAGGCCGAAUUGGCUUACAAUGAGGAAGAGGAUGGUGAUGGUGGGGAAGAAGACGUCCAAGAUGAGGAGGAGCAAGACCUUCCAGAGGCCGUGAACAAUCCUGCUGCAUAUGAAAACCGACGGUUUGUAGUAAAUGGUUUGUAACUAUUUGAUACAAGACUGAGCCUGAGGUUUUAAAGGCUCUGGAAGGAAUUCUGAUUAUAACACAAUGCAAUAAUGCAAAAUCAUUGUAUGGUGUACCCUGGCCUUUACAAGUGCAUUACUUGAUAAAACUUGAACUUCUUGUAUCGAUGUUGGGUGAAAUAGAAGGAAGAGAUGCAGACUAAUAUUUCUUAAAGUUUAAAUGCAACUUGUUUAGAUUGAUUUUAUUAUUUCAAAUAUGUUGGGCAGGGGUGGGGUAAGUUUCGUUUCUCUGUACAUUAUUUUGUAUAUUUUGUACUUUUGAAGAUUUUAUGAACAAAAUUUAGUUAUUUUGAGUGGUUGAGUUCACUAAAUCAAUACACAAAAUUGGCAAUUUAUUCAGAUCAGCGGUAAUCUGCUAUUUUCAGGUUAAUCAAAAUAGCACUUGAGAAGUGAUCUGUUUUAAAUUUACCAUAUUAAAAAAAAAACUAACUAAAUUAGCUGAAUUAUUUUGCCUUGUACAGCCAACUGAGAUUUUUUUUUUGUUCUGCAUUGUACUGUGAAAACAGUGAAUAUUGUCUCUGUUCUUUGGAAGAAGUGACGAGAAUCUAUUCUGGUGAUUUGAAUGCAUUCUGACUUUUUAACAAACAAAGUGAAUGUAUAGAUAUGUAUUAAUUUACAAUGAGCAAAUGAAAUUAAUCUGAACUGUCUUCAACAGUAGUAUAGUUUGGGUAUUGAUUUGUGUGUGCAUUCCUUUUGUUGCUUCCAACAAUUUGUGUAUUGCAAUGUAAAUAAACUCCAGGGUGAGCAAUGAAACUUGGACAGUCCUACCUGCAGAAAGGUAUAAUACAGGCUGUUUCUGAAUCUGGGAGGGCUGCAAUGCAGUGCCAACUCUAAAGCAGUUGUAGAACAAUCCACCAUCUUAAAUUGUGGUACAGAAUGACUUGCCCGCCAGUUGAUAUGUUAUUUGAUGGGUAGAGAACUAUUAAUGAGUAUUUUAAAUGAAUUAAAUAUUGGGCCUCUGUCCAGUGAAAAUUAGCUGUCGUGUCUGUAACACUAAAUAACAUACAAGCCAAACACUACUUGGUGCUUUGGGUAUGGCCUUCGUUCUUCCUAGAUACAGUUAGCCACUUGUGGAAAUGAUCCUGCAGCAUUGGUUAUUAUCUACUAUGCAUAGCAAUGGGGCAAUACACUGGCUCUUUUUAAAAUGAUGUCGUUUUUUACAUUGUUUAAAAAUGUAUAACCCUCUAAUCUACUGUUGAAAUGAGUCAGAAAAAAAUAGAAAUGUAUUUCUGCAAUGUUUAAAUCUUGUUUAGAGUUAGAAUGUUCAUUAGGUGUAAUGAAUAUGAUUGCAAAGUUCGUACUUGGGGAAGGGGGGAAUGAUCAGAGCAAAAAUUUGGAUUUCAGAGAACUAAUGCAUCUUAGCAUAAUUUGAGUUUUAAAUAUUUUAAAAAAUAGAUAAUUUCAGAUUUUAUGAACCUUCUAACUUUAAAUGGGAUGAGGUUGUCAUCAAUAGAUAACUUGGAUUCAGUGAAAUGUGGGAUCCCUCAAAAUAUUGAGUGGACAAUGGAACAUGAUACCUAAAAUGAUGCAUUUUAAAUAAAUGAUUAACAAAAAGCAGAAAUGAAUUUUACAGCUCAUUUUUGAUAGAACCUCUGAACAAUCAUUUGAUUCAUUUAUUUCAUAGGUCGUUACCAUCACAACUAUGUUACAGCAUUUCUAAUUCAAUUCCAGUUAUUUAAUCUAAUUUUAAAUUGUAUUCAUGCAAAUGAGAAUUGGUGUGGGCUCUGUGCACAGCUUUUCAAGAGCAGGCUGGGGUUGAUUCCCUUUCCAAGUUAAAUAAUUGUAUUGGGUUUUGUGCUUCUGAAAUGUUACACCGUGUUGUGAAGCUGUAAAAUGCUGCAUGGUACCAUGGUUUCUGUUCCUCUGAUUUGUUUACAAAACAUCGAAUAAACUGUUUCUUUGAGUUGA